GGCGGCUCAAUACUGUGAAACGUGGCAGCCAUUGAUGGUCAAAGCAGCCUUACUUGGAUAUUCGCAGUUGAAUUUCUCAUCUUUUUAGUCUUCUUCUACGCCUCCCUCAUGGCGGCCUUUUACAACGCUAGAUAGAUCUCUUUACUCUUGCUGUCCCUCUCAGUUAGCUCAACUUCCUCGCGCCUGCCCCCUCCCUUCUCUUUCUCCUCAGCCUAUCCAAACCUAGCUUUUAGAUCUCAGAAACGAAGGGAAUAGGCGAUGGGGGGCUCAGAUUCGACCUCUGGCAGCGGCCUCGAAUCCGAUGACUCUGGGAUGAUUAAUAACAUUAGCAUCGAGGUCAUGGUGGCCGCGGUGAUCUUUCUCUUCCUGGUCAUCGUCUUCGUCUUCUUCCUUUACCUCUACGCCAAGAACUAUUGGGGCUCGAGCAUCAGAGCCCGUAGACGAGCCCAGCUCAUCUUCGCCGCUGGUGACGCUCCUGUCCCAAGCCGCGGCCUCGACGCCUCCGUCCUCCGUUCUCUUCCGGUCACUAUCUAUAACCGGAGUGAUUUCAAGGACGGGCUCGAAUGCUCCGUGUGUCUCUGCGAGCUCUCCGACGGAGAGAAGGCUCGAUUACUCCCUAAAUGCAAUCAUGGCUUCCACCUUCAAUGCAUCGAUAUGUGGUUCUACUCUCACUCGACCUGUCCUCUUUGCCGCUGCGCAGUGGGUUCAGACACUGCUGCCACCGCUGGCGAUGGCGAAGUACCUCAGCCGAUUUCCGCAGGCGCCGGAGACUCUGAGCCCCAACCAGAAUCUCCGGUUUUCCCCACUAAUGUCCUGUUCUGGGGGAAUCAGGAUCAAGUGAAUUCACGGUCCUCGGCUAAUUCUGCGAGAAAUCUAGUGAUCACACUUCCGAAUCGAACUGCCGGGGGUUUUCCUUCUCCGAUAUCUCCAUUGCCGUCAAGCAGGUUUCCAUUGGAGAACAUCAAAUCGCCAUCGGAGGAGUCAAGAUCACCUGGAACUUCAAAGUUGAAAUCUUUAAGACGGCUUUGGAGCAGGGGAAAGAGAACAAGUGAUUCAUCUUGCAGUAGUCCCAUGGGAGGUGAUAUUGAGCUAGGAUUUGGAAUUUCAAAUGGAGAAGGAAGUUCAAAUGUUCCAAAAACUCCUUGCAGUUCUUAACUCAGUUUCUUCUGUGAUGAAUUGGCUUCUAGCCGAUCACCAGAACCGAUUCAUUUUCUGUGCUCUGUUUCUGUAAAACAAGAUGUAUAAAGAGAUUUCUUUUUUUAUUUUUCAAGGAAUGGAGAAGCACAAGUCUUUCUCCUUUCUAUCAAAAUGUGAUUGAUAAUCGUUGUUUGUGCAUUUAAUUUAUGAAAUUUAUUCAUCUUCUGUGUUUGUAUUUAAGGCUGUGAUCAUUUUUCCA